AUGAGUCGCGCACCGACGCCGCUGGACGACCACGAGUAUCCUGUGGCGCUGGGCGAGUCGCUCGUCGAGCCGAUCGAUGAUGGGCCGUCGCGUCAGCAGUCGAGCGACGAAGUCUUUGCCUCGUUUGGCUACGAGUUUCAGCCCGCGUCAGUGGACAAGAGAACGCCUGGACUCGUGUGUGUCGACGCCUCCAGUAGCGUGCAAGUGCUCAUGGGCUCCAGCACUGGAGCUGCUGGAGGCGUGAGCUUUCGCGGAAAGGUCCUCGAGCACAAGGAGACGGACUGUUUGCUUUUGUUCGACGGCUCGCGGUUCCGGCUCGAGCGCUGCCGGUUUUCCUGCAUGCAGCUGCGCCACGUGCGCGUGUCUGCGUCACGGCGGCGCGGGACGUGUCAGCGUGACGAAGAAAAGAGCAACGGCAAGACGUCGACAACGACGAUAACGGCUACUGGUACUGGUGCUAGUGCCGGUGCUGAGACGGCGCCAAUGUCGAAGCACGAGGGUACGUGUGUGGCGUCGACGACGGCCAUGCCAGCAGCUACUGCGAAGAGACCGGUGCGGAGAUCUCAGCGACGGGUAUCGGCUGGCCAAGCAAACGCGUCUGACGCUGUGAAGCAGCCACGGAGUCGACCUAAACGCUCGUUGAAAGUGGCUACUGCUGCAGCUCCGGGUAAAAAGACUCGGAAGCGAGACGUGGGUCGUGGAAAAUAA